CAGGGCUGGUGAUGGUCACCGAGUGAACAGCGUCUAGGCUCAGCCUUGGACGAUUUGUGUGGACCAGAGGGAUGCUAGCUAUUAGGAGAGCGAGGAGGAAAUUCAGGAUGGGGACCAUCUGCUCCCCCAACCCCAGCGGGACAAAGACAGCGUCGGAGGUCUGCAAUGCCGACUGGAUGGCCUCGCUCCCCCCUCACCUCUACGACGUCCCCCUCUCCAAUCUGGCGAUCCCAGGUUCCCAUGAUUCUUUCAGCUAUUGGGUAGAUGAAAAGUCCCCAGUGGGGCCUGAUCAAACCCCAGCUAUCAAACGCCUGGCCAGGAUCUCCUUGGUAAAGAAGCUGAUGAAGAAAUGGUCUGUGACUCAGAACCUGACCUUCCGCGAACAGCUGGAGGCUGGGAUCCGCUACUUUGACCUGCGCGUUUCUUCUAAGCCAGGAGAUGCUGAUCAGGAAAUUUACUUCAUCCACGGGCUUUUUGGCAUCAAGGUCUGGGAUGGAUUGAUGGAGAUCGAUGCGUUCCUCACUCAACACCCUCAAGAGAUUGUCUUUUUGGAUUUCAACCACUUCUAUGCCAUGGAUGAAGCUCAUCACAAAUACCUGGUUCUCCGAAUCCAGGAAGCCUUUGGAAGCAAGCUGUGCCCAGCCUGCAGUGUGGAAAGCAUGACACUGCGAAGCCUGUGGGAACAGAAGCAUCAGGUUCUUAUUUUCUAUCACUGUCCCUUCUACAAGCAAUACCCUUUCCUAUGGCCAGGAAAGAAGAUCCCAGCACCCUGGGCGAAUACCACAAGUGUGCGCAAACUAAUCCUCUUCCUGGAGACCACACUAAGUGAGCGAGCGCCACGCGGCUCCUUCCAUGUGUCCCAGGCGAUCCUCACCCCCAGAGUGAAGACCAUCGCCAGAGGCCUGGUUGGAGGCCUCAAAAACACUCUGGUUCACAGGAAUCUUCCUGCCAUCCUAGACUGGGUGAAGACUCAGAAGCCUGGAGCGAUGGGUGUCAACAUCAUCACAUCUGACUUUGUAGACCUGGUAGAUUUUGCCACAACUGUUAUUGAGCUCAACGAUCUUCUACAGGAGGACAGAGCUGUGACUAAAUGCUGACUUUAUUUUGUUGUUGUUGUUGUUUGGUUAACUUAAUGUUGAAGUUCUUGAUCCAGGGUGGUGUUCUGAAGGGUUUCCUGUUAGAAUGGCCCCUGGGCAGUGAUAGUGCAUAAGAGGAAGAUGGCUUCUUUUUUUCCUUCCUCACAUGGCCAUUUGGAUAAAAUUACAGGGUUUUUUUAAUUGCAUUUUUCCCAAAUGAGACUUUAAAAAAAAAAUUUAAGUCUAAGGGAAGAACGCAUGUUUCAUGUGAUCAAAGUCAGGAUUUCCCUGCUAACUUCUGAAUGGUAAAUGGAAUGUGGAAAUGUAGUCUCCAAGUUCCAUUGGGUUAUGGAGUAUUACUUAAUUGGUCCAGUUCCCUAUUGUCUCCCAGGGUUUUGUGUUUGAGCCAGUGAGGAGGUUGAACAGGUCCUAAGAAUGAUUUUCCUUGCAGGUAUGCACAUUGUAUAGGCUCUAAUAUCAACCAGGAACUCUGUUGCAGAAAGGAGCCAAAAUCGAACUUUCUAUAGGAUUGCUGAAUGUCGUAACUUGUUCCCUUAGAGAGUAAGUUGUAUUUAUCACCAAGGUGAUUCCCCCACGAGCUAUUCAUGCAUAGCCUGGUGAAUUGAGAGUAAACAGUACGUAUUGCUCCUGGUAUCAGAGAUGCGCUUCCGAAUUUUAAAGCAUUGAUUCCUUUCCACUUUCUUUUUGGCUCCUUCUUAAAAGUGAAAGGCACAAUGAGGGGAUAUCUUCCCAGUGUGGAUUCAAUAAGAGACAGACAUGCAUGUUUGUUGCAUACCAGACUUCUUUGAUUUUAUUCUGUAGCAUCCCCCCAAAAGUAAGCACCUGCAUCAUUUGACAGAGUCCUCUUUGGAGUGGGGCGUGCAAACCAGAUGUUGGAAUUGCAUUUCACUGUGGCCAGCCCAGGCCUCCAACUGUACUGUGGUUGACAGUGCGGAGUGGGGGGCACCUUGCCUGUGAUUCCACGGAGGCGGACACGGGAUGUGUGGGAAUGUGCAAUGGCAUUAAAGGGGGAAGAAGCUCCAAGUGGGUCUGGAGCCCUUUGCAACUCCUUGAAAACAAGACUACCUCGGGGAUAUUUCAGAUGACUUGUGUGUCAUCAGGUGACAGAUGUGCAGCGUUGGAAUGUUUCCAGUUCUUAUCUCCAUGCUUUUCCUUCCUACAGGUUCUUCUGAGCCUACUAAUAAUCACCAUUGCAUGAGGGCCUUGACACUCUAAGAGGGGAUUUUUUUUUUAUUUUUAUUGAGAAGAGGUGCUUAUCUCCAAUGAGCCCUCUUGUAUUUCAGUUGCUUUCGUUAUUUAUUUAUUUGUUUAUUUAUUUAUUUAUAACAUUAAGGAUCUGCAUUGCUUCUUACCUCAGGAGCCCUCACACGGUUGACUACUAGACUUUUUUUCACCCUAGGCAGAUGUUGCCAGGAUCUUGUUUUCUCCACAAGACUGUUUGUCUCAGGGCUGCGAGUGACUUCGGAUCUACUGCGGAUCUUCUGGCUUCCCCGGUCCUGCUGAUGACAGUGUCCAUUUGUGGAUGUGGUCCAGACUGGAGACACCACUCCCUGGGGACAGAAGAUGAAACCUGACAUGAAGACAUCUCAGUUCUUAAUGUAGCCCUUCCAGUAGAGUGUUGGAAAUUAAUGGGGCAUAGAAAUACUGCUGGACAGGAGGAUAUGUCCACUUCAGCACACCUUGACCCUAUCUAAGAAUCUCCAAGGAAGGGUCAGCUUCCAGAUUCUUGAGGCGAAGUAUAUUCGUGGAAUCUUGGGUGGGUGUAUGAAUGAUAAAGAUUGCUGGACUCUGGUCCCAGUCCUUUCUCACUUCUGUCCUGUGAUUUCCUAGCUGGAUUUUGCAUGCUGCCUGCAGUGGAGAAUAUCGUCAGGAACCACUGAAGGCCUAUGCAUGCCCCACCCCCAGGUCCCUACACACACCCCCGCAAUGCUUGGUCUUCUAGUCAUUACUUUCUGUGAAGUGAUUUAAACCCUGACUUUUUGCUUCCACAGCUUGAGGAGGUCACAAUACAAAUGCCUCUGGGAAAACCUGCAUUCUCACCUUGGAAAUCCCUUCCCAAAGAAUUUCUGGGAUAGUAAGGUCCAAUUUAGUAGAGUUUUCUCUGGAUUGAAGCAUGACAAUGAGUCUCCUCAUUUUCUUAAUGUUCCUUCAAUUCUGUAUCAAACCCAAAUGACAAACUCUGAAAUCCCUGGCUUACUUUCAGGGUCUAGGUUUGUUCUUAUUGUUCAAUUUUUGUUGUCAUUGUUGUUUAAAUCUUGGCCAAUUGCUAUGAACGAGAUCAUUUCCUUCUUUUUUAACCCCUUGUGACUUGGCAAAGAGAUAAGGAGGCAAGAGGAGAAUUCUUCUGCUCUGUUUUAUUUGAGCCUCAGCUUUGUCCAGGUGUUUGGUGCUAUAAGGCCAGGAGCGUCGACAGGCAUCUACAUGGGAUGCCCGCAAGGCUCGAUGGCUAGUGACUGUUCAAUGAACUGUUUACUUGAUUUUAUUCCUUAGUUUUUAAAUGUAGAAUUGUGCUUUGCUUGAACUGUAACAUUUAGGUGCACCUCAGUGUCAGCAUGCUAAGCGAAAAGUUACCAAGCAUGAUGCAGAA